CGCUCCAAGCCUGCCGUCGCCGACGUCGCGUCGCUUGGCCUCCAAGUCCCACAUCCCUUCCUCACUUCGUCGCUUUCGCGUCGACGCCGCGACUGCGACCGAGGAAUUCUCUAUUCGAUCCGGUCUGGUUUGGUUAGAGUUCGCAGUCUUCUGAUUGGGGGUUGGUCGCUCGGUUCUUCUCCGGGAGACUCCUUUGCUCUGAAGUCGCCAUUUUCGGGAGGUCUUGGUCGGGUGUGUGUGCUGCAAAUGGAGGAGAGGUACGAGGCGCUGAAGGAGCUGGGAGCCGGUAACUUCGGGGUAGCCAGGCUGGUCAGGGAUAAGCGGACCAAGGAGCUCGUCGCCGUCAAGUACAUCGAGAGGGGCAAGAAGAUUGAUGAGAAUGUGCAGAGGGAGAUCAUCAAUCACCAGUCGCUCCGGCACCCUAACAUCGUUCGGUUCAAGGAGGUUUGUUUAACACCCACACAUCUCGCCAUUGUAAUGGAAUAUGCUGCUGGUGGAGAGCUCUUCGAGAAAAUCUGCACCGCGGGGAGAUUCAGUGAAGAUGAGUCCAGGUAUUUCUUUCAGCAGCUGAUAUCAGGGGUCAGCUACUGCCAUUCCAUGGAAAUUUGUCACCGUGAUCUUAAACUUGAGAACACCCUCCUUGAUGGGAGUCCAACACCUCGUGUGAAAAUUUGUGACUUUGGUUACUCAAAGUCUGCCUUGCUGCACUCAAAACCAAAAUCAACAGUUGGCACUCCAGCUUACAUAGCGCCUGAGGUUCUUUCAAGAAAGGAGUAUGAUGGCAAGGUAGCAGAUGUUUGGUCCUGCGGCGUGACACUGUAUGUAAUGCUCGUGGGAUCAUAUCCAUUUGAAGAUCCCGAGGAUCCAAGGAACUUCCGCAAAACGAUCAGCAGAAUUCUUGGCGUGCAAUACUCCAUCCCGGAUUAUGUGAGAGUGUCUUCAGACUGCAGACGCCUUCUGUCUCAAAUUUUCGUCUCCGAUCCUUCAAAGAGGAUCACGAUCCCGGAGAUAAAGAAGCACCCGUGGUUCCUGAAGAACCUGCCGCGGGAGAUCUCGGAGUGGGAGAAGGCCAACUACAAGGACACGGAGCCCGCCGAGCCGGCUCAGGCCGUGGACGAGAUCAUGCGGAUCGUCCAGGAGGCCAAGACCCCCGGCGACAUGUCCAAGGUGGUGGACCCGGCGCUGCUCGCCGAGAUGGCCGCGCUGGAGAGCGACGAGGAAGAGGCCGACGCCGAGGACACCUACUGAUCAGUGAUCAGCUCUUCCAUGCAGCUCAUCAUGGGACCUUCGUGCUGCAUAUGGACGGGCAUGAUCGAGGAACGGGGAUACGGUGCCGCUGAACCUAACCAACAAUAAGGAAUGUCGAGUGUGCGUGUGGUAAGGAAUGUUGCAUUGUUACUCUGUAUAGCAGCUGUAUAAUUGUACAUUGCAUGGCACGGGAUUAACUAGGGUGCAGUGAUUGACAAUGAUAAAUAAAAGUAAAGAAGUUGGGUUUGUGUA